AUGACUGAAGAUAUUGACAAAGAUACAUACAGUGAAUUGAGAAGUACUUACCAAAACUAUAUAGAUUCUUAUACUGCAUUGUAUCAGUUAAAAACGGACAAAGAAGAAGAAGAAUUAAACACGAUUUACAAAAUGAUCAAAACAAACUUGAUUGAUUCAAAGAUGUGUCUUCCUAAAAAAAUGGUGAAAGAAAUUUUAAAUAUCAUUCCGUGUAAUAACCGCUACACAUACUCAUACUUGAAACUUGUGAAAUUCAUUUUCGAUGAUUAUCAUGUUACAGGGGUAACAGGAAUCAACCAGCUUUAUAACUUCCUUUUUUAUAAAGAAUAUGGAAUAAAUCUAUGCAAUACUGAAAAAAAAUUCGAAAUUUCGAAAAACAAUGAUAUAGAUAUUCAUUCAGAAAAUACAAUAUACAGAGCAAUCAUGGAUGACAACAAAGAAAAAUUCAUCAUAUUCACAGAAGCAGAAGGAUUUGAUAAAGAUCAAAAAAUUAAUAGUUCCUUCUUUCCAAUUUCUUUUAUCCGAGUUUCAUUACUUGAUUUAUGUUGUUACUACGGUGCAGUUGAUUGUUUCAAGUUAUUGAGAACGAAAUUUAAAUCAGAAAUAACACAAACAUGUCUAGAUUUUUCAUUUUUAGGAGGAAACAAAGAGAUCAUGAGUGAAUGUUUGAAAUAUAGAAAACCAAACGAAAAUUGCAUGAGUUAUGCAAUUAUUUCACACAACAUUGAUUUUGUUACAUUCUUGAUGAAUGAAUACAAUUUAGAGAUCGAUUUACAUCUUUGCGGAUGCUAUAAUAAUCUUGAAUCAUUUUUAGUUUAUUUCGAUCAAUUUGCUAAAGUUGACGAAUGCUUUAUUUAUUCAGGUAUGUUUAAUAUUCCAUCUCUUUGCGAAUAUUUCCUUUCAAAUGGUGCAAAUAUCAAUGCAAAAGAUAGAGAUGGAAUAACAAAUCUUCAUUUUGCAGUAGAGCGUGAAUGCAUAGAAAUAGUUGAGUUUCUAAUUUCUCGUGGUGCAAAUAUAAAUGAAAAAGAUAAUUUAGGAAAGUCCAUUCUCCAUUACACAGCGAAUAAUUUUAAUAAGGAAUUAGCUGAACUUCUCCUUUCACAUGGUGCAAAUGUCAAUGAAAAAGAUGAUCAUGGAAGAACAUCACUAUAUUGGGCAGUAUAUUAUAAAAAUAAAGAAAUAGUUGAACUCCUUCAGUCACAUGGUGCUACCAUCCCAUAA